AUGUCGACCUCUGGCUACAAUCAUCUCGCAGGACAGGAUGUGCGUCCUCUCGCGGCGAGUAUCGCUGUCCUGGCUUUAGAUUUGUUGCUCAUCGCGCCGUCAGUGGUCGCCAUUGGUUCUCAUUUUCGACACAUAAAGCCCCGGCAAAAGCUAUACGAAGACGAAGAUGGAAUCGCAUCCGAGGAGUCAAUGGCUGCGUAUUCAGCCAAGAUUCCAAAAAUUAUACUAGCAAUCUCUACAAUUGCCGGUUUCGUGAUUGCUACGGCUGGUGCUGUGCUGACUACGUUGAAUCGGAAUGAGGGCCUCACUAUUGUCCAAAACUGGCUGAUUGUCGCUCAAUGGGCUGUCGUUCUUAUUCAGACUGUUUCCAUCAGCAUUGUUAAGGAACCGCCCAGACCUUAUUUCCUGGGACUAUAUAGUGGAUUUUCAAGUCUGUUCUUGUUCAUGGUGCUUCUUUUCCAGGUUACGCUGCUUGUACAAAGCGGCUCAUCUGGUGAUGGCUCAUGGAAAAAUCCCACUCAUAUUUUCAUAUACUCCUCACAAUUAGUGGCAUCGAUUAUAUCGGCGUUAGCCAGCGUAUCAAUACCCCGACGUCCAGAAGUCUUCUAUGAUAAUCACCCCGUCGAUAGUAUGUACACUGACUCAGCUCUGGGCAGACUCAGUUUUGCUUGGAUCGAGCCCAUGCUCAUGCUUGCGAAGAGAAGGAAACACCUGGAUCUCAAAAAUUUACCAAAAAUGGACCAUCGAACCCGCGCACAAGAUCUCUCUCAAUCCUGGACAAAUAAACAACACCCGCGAAGACUUUGGAUUGAACUGGUCCUCGCGCACAAGAGGGCAUUAGCCACUCAAUGGGGUCUCACCUUGCUUCAAGCAGUUGGGACCUUCGCUCCCCAGUUUGUCACGUACUUUCUCCUUCGGAUUCUGGAAAACCGCGUAUACGGUGAAAAAGCUCCUGCCGAAGCGUGGAUAUGGGUUAUUAUUCUUACACUCACAAGCGUCGGAGUCUCCUGGAUCGAGUCAUGGAUGUUCUGGAUAUCUUGGUCCGAGCUCGCCAUUCCAGUUCGCGCUCAGCUCUCGGCACUCAUUUUUCAAAAAGCCAUGAGGCGCAAAGAUGUAAAAGGAGCUUCGAAGGAUGCUAUAAAGGGGAAUGUGGCCAAUGCGGAUGAAAUAGAAAAUGCAGCAUCUGAAGAUGAGGAUGAAGAAGAAAGCGACCCAAAAAGCAAGCAAUCGACGGUUAAUCUCAUUGGUGUCGAUACAAAGCGGGUCUCUGAAUUUUGCUCCUUUAACAACCUUUUCCCAGGCAGUAUCUUUGAGUUAUUCGUCUCGUUUGUUUUUCUGUGGUCUAUAAUCGGAUGGGAGUCCUUGUUGGCUGGUUUCCUUGCAAUGGCUUGUACCAUACCCAUCAAUAUUUGGUCUAGCAAACGGUAUUCAGAUGCUCAAGACAGACUUAUGAAAGCUCGAGAUGCGAAGAUGGCAGUGGUUACUGAAGCUUUGCAGGGUAUUCGCCAAAUCAAAUUCUCGGCUUUAGAAACAAAUUGGCAUCAGAAGAUUGGCAAAUUCCGAGCAAAAGAACUAGACGAGCAAUGGAGCGUCUUCCUUGCCGAUACAUUCUUACUUUUUUGUUGGAUUUCGAGCCCAAUCCUGCUUUCUGCAGCAUCGCUUGCUUGUUAUGCAGUAAUCCACGGCAGCCUUACCCCAUCUAUAGCGUUUACGGCAAUCGCUAUCUUUGCCAACCUCGAAGUGACCCUGUCUGUCAUUCCGGAAUUAACUACAGAUCUUAUAGACGCAUAUAUAUCCAUAAGUCGAAUUGAAAGAUACCUGAACUCCCCGGAAAUAUCGAAGAAUAAUAUCGACACUUCAACCAGCAUCUCAUUCGAAAACGCAUCCAUAGCCUGGCCAUCAGAUGAGAAAAAAGAAGCCGAUGACCAGCGAUACGUCUUGAGGAAUCUCAAUUUAUCCUUUCCUGAGAAAGAGCUAAGCGUUAUCAGCGGUAAGACUGGGACUGGUAAAAGUCUCCUUUUGGCGGCAAUCCUGGGAGAAGUCGACGUAUUGUCCGGCAAAAUCAGCGUUCCGCGGUCUCCCAACACCCAAGAACGACGUGACCACCUCGCUACCAGGGACAAUUGGAUUUUACCUAAUUCAAUCGCAUUUGUAGCUCAAAUCCCCUGGAUCGAGAAUGCUAGCAUCAAAGACAAUAUCCUUUUCGGUCUCCCCUUUGAUGAGCAGCGAUACAAGAAGGUCAUUGAAGUAUGCGCUCUACGAAAAGAUUUGGAUAUGCUUACUGAUGGAGAAAACACCGAGAUUGGUGCCAACGGUAUCAACCUAAGUGGUGGUCAGCGGUGGAGGGUCACUUUUGCCAGAGCGCUAUAUUCCCGUGCUGGUAUACUGAUCUUGGACGACAUUUUCAGUGCCGUUGAUGCUCACGUUGGUCGGUUCCUUUUUGAGAAGGCUCUCACUGGGGAACUUGGUGCUGGUAGAACUCGAAUCCUGGUCACCCACCACGUUGCUCUCGUCAAGUCAAAGACCAAAUACGUCGUGGAGCUGGGUGAUGGCACAGUUGAGAACGCUGGGUUGGUCGAUGACCUGCAAGCGGGCACGCUGGACACCAUUGUCAGCCAUCAAGAAACCGAGGAUGAAAUUCAAGAGGAUGAAGACCCUACAGCUGUUAACUCUGAGGAGUCAUCUGACAGCGAGACGAUGGAGCAAUUAAAGAAGGUGAAUUCCAAACAAGCACCGAAGAAGUUUGUGGAGGAAGAAGCUAGAGAACAUGGAAGAGUCAAGGGUGCUGUUUACAAGGCUUAUCUGAAGGCCGGUGGCGGAGUUCCUUACUGGAUUGUGGUUUUGCUUGCAUUUGCAGGUAUGCAAGCAAUUGUAACGGGUCGAUCCUGGUGGCUCAAAAUCUGGACCGGUAAUGACGGUCAUGAAGCCAAGGGGCAAACGUUUACCCAUUUUCUCCAGUCACAGACUCCUUCACCUGGAUUCUACAAUGCAUCCUUAUCAAAUCCUAUCUUGCAUUCAGAAUCGAACUCGGGCUAUUCUCUCAAAUUCUACCUGGGAAUCUAUAUUAUGCUCUCCGUUGUGUCAGCUCUUCUGGGAACGUUCCAGUAUUUCUACCUGUAUACCGGUUCUCUCCGCGCAUCCCGAGUUUUGUUCAAUAAUCUAUGCUACACCGUGCUACGGACACCAUUGAGGUGGAUAGAUACAGUGCCCCUGGGUAGAAUCUUGAAUCGCUUCACAUCAGACUUUGAGACUGUCGAUGGUCGCCUAUCCCGUGACUUUUCGGGUGAAUUGCAUGAUAUCUUUCAACUCACUGGUGUCAUUGUCGCUGGUAUAUUCGUCUCACCAUACGUUAUCUUGCUCGCUGCUUGCUUGCUUUCUGCCUGUGUUUGGAUUGCAUCGAUCUAUCUCCAUGGCGCUCGCGAGGUAAAACGUCUCGAAUCCAACGCCAAAUCACCCAUUUUCGAACAAUUCGGGUCUGCUCUGACAGGUGUUGGUACUAUAAGAGCUUUCUCAAAAACCGACACAUAUAUCGAGCGUAUGUUCCGCAAACUUGAUGACUACAGCACCACCUACUGGCAUCUCUGGGCAUUUAACCGAUGGAUGGGAUUACGCAUGGCAUUAGUGGGCAGUCUCUUCGCUACAAUCGUUGCAUCCAUCAUCUUAAUCAUUCCCACUGUGGAUGCAUCACUCGCGGGUUUCGCCUUAUCAUUUGCCUUGAACUACGGGCAAACAGUCAUUUGGAUAAUCAGACAUUACGCGAAUCUGGAAUUACAAAUGAAUGCUGUAGAGCGCAUCGCGGAAUACUCUGAUCUCCCGACCGAAUCUCAGGAUGGUGCUGAUCCGCCAGCCGCUUGGCCGAGUGAAGGUCGUCUUGAAGUUAACGACCUGGUCGUCUCCUACGCACCCGAUCUACCCCCGGUUCUCAAGGGGGUCACAUUCCGCGUUGAGCGUAGCGAACGAAUCGGCGUCGUUGGUCGCACUGGAGCAGGGAAAUCUUCCCUUACGUUAGCCGUAUUCCGUUUCCUGGAAGCAAGGCAGGGAAGCAUUCACAUUGAUGGACUUGACAUCUCGAAAAUCAAGCUGCAUUCCCUUCGUUCCCGCCUGGCUAUUAUCCCUCAAGAUCCUGUUCUAUUUUCUGGAACGAUCAAAUCUAAUCUCGAUGCGUUUGACGAACAUUCCGAUUCCGAACUACGUGAUGCACUUGUACGCGUACAUCUCGUGACAGCAACUGAGUUGAGCUCUUCAACCAACGAGGCAUCCGGAUCCAGCGCACCCAGUGAGACAGAAAACCAAAACAUCAAUCCCUUUACAUCCCUCAACUCCCCCGUCAGUGAAGGAGGACUUAAUCUCUCUCAAGGUCAACGACAACUCCUCUGUCUCGCCCGCGCUAUCGUCUCUCGCCCCAAGAUCGUGGUUUUAGACGAGGCAACAAGUGCAGUAGAUAUGGCUACCGACGCGCUGAUUCAGAGGAGUAUUCGCGAGGAGUUCGGAGAUAGCACUCUUCUCGUUAUUGCGCAUCGUUUAAGCACGAUUAGUGACUUUGAUAAGAUUCUCGUCAUGGAUGACGGCAAGGUGGCCGAAUUUGGCACUCCGAGGGAAUUGAUGCAGAUAACAAACGGUAUUUUCAGGGGUAUGGUGGGGGAGAGUGGCGAAAAGGAGAAAUUAGAGAAAUUGAUUAUGGGAUAAUACAGUCAUUGCGCAAUCUUCUUUCCUUUCUUCGAUUGUUUCUAUUGAAGCAUUGUCUACAGCUGUUCGGAUAUGAUCUUGAGCUUUUAAAAGACAGCGAUGGCUGUUUCCUAUUUGUGCUCGUCCCUGACAAAACCAGUCAUUUAGGACGACGAAAUAGAGAUAAUAA